AAUUUAUCUAAACUGCUUCGCAACACUAGCACUUUACCUUGGGCAAUUAAACAAUACUUGUAAAGAGAAUUUGUUGAUAAAUAGUAAAUAAAAACUUGCAGUCCAGCAUUGUAAAGAGUAAAAGCAAAAGAGGAAACGAAGAUGAGCAAUAUCUAUAUACAGGAACCGCUGACGUCGGGCAAGGUCCUUCUGAAGACCACAGUGGGUGAUAUUGAUAUCGAGUUGUGGGCUCGCGAGUGCCCCAAAGCCUGCCGAAACUUUGUCCAGCUAUGCCUAGAGGGAUACUACAACAACACUUAUUUUCAUCGCCUGGUAAAGGGAUUUAUUGUCCAGGGUGGUGAUCCGAAUGGCGACGGAACUGGCGGCGAUUCCAUUUAUGGACAUCCAUUUAAGGAUGAAUUCCAUUCAAGACUGCGCUACACACGCCGGGGUCUGCUAGGAAUGGCCAAUUCAGGAAAGGAUGACAAUGCUUCACAAUUCUUUUUCACUUUUGAUGCAACACCAGAGUUGCAAAAUAAAAAUACUCUGUUCGGCAAGGUAACAGGUGACACCAUUUACAAUAUGCUUAAACUGGAAGAGGGUAUGGUAGAUCAUCAGGAACGACCUAUGCACGCCCAUCGUAUUGUAGCAACCGAAGUACUUAGCAAUCCCUUUGAUGACAUUGUCCCACGAUCUCUAAAUAAGACGGAAGCAAAACCCAAGAAAAACAAAAAGCAAAGACAAGGCGUUAAAAAUUUUGGCCUGCUGUCUUUUGGUGAAGAAGCCGAAGAUGAUGAACAAGAAACAAAUGUCUAUGUGAAGAAAAAUGCAGGUAAAGCGAAAUCUUUGCACGAUGCGACGGAUGAUCCGAAACUAAGUAAAGAAGCCAUUCAAAUAUCCAAAUUGGAGAAUCCUGAUUGCGAAGAUCAUAUAUCCGACGGCAAUCAAGAGGAGCAACAAAAGGAAUCAAAUAUAAAAACCCACUCGGCAUCAGAACUGAUCAAGAAGAAGUUAGCAAAAUCAAAAAACCCUGGCGAUCUUCCAGCCAAAACCCCGGUUAGUGAUGGUGAUGAUGAAGAUAUGGAUUAUGAUAAGGACCAACUAAUGACCAGAGAGCAAGAACACAAGCUCAAGAUCUCAAAAGAAAAAAUUAAAAUACGGGAGGAAAUUGCCUCUCUUAAGAAACAAUAUCAAAUGGAUAAAAUCUCAAAAGAUAAACUGCUUAUGAACAACGCUAAUGAUAAGAAAUCCAGCAAACCUGAUAUCAAAGGGGACGUGGACAAUCAUUAUAUUGAAGAUUUCCUCAAAUCAAAAGAGCUUUAUACAAAGAAAACCAAACUAUCCACUUCCAAAGAUGUUUCACGGGAAGAAUUUACACUAAAAUUGCUUUCAAAAUUCCGAUCUAAAUUGGAUAAUAUUAAACAAAAAUCCGAAACGGAUGAUGAUGCGGCCGACACUUCUAAGCCAUCCACCGAUGACAGUGAAGUAGAAAAAGAAAUUGUUGGAGAUGACUGGCUGGCGCAUACUUUGAAUUUCAAUGGUGGAGCAGUGGCUCCAGUUUUGGCCAAGGAUGCAAAUAAUAAGGGCGAUGACUGGUACGAUGCCUACGAUCCUCGCAAUCCACUUAAUAAGCGAAAGCGGGGGGACAUAAAAUCUUCACAUAAAUCCAAAUCAUCGAAACAUAUAUAGUAACCUAUGAUAUCCACGAAUUGUAAAUAUUUAUUAUUCGGAAAUUAGUUAAAAAAUAGAUAUAUAUCAAAUCGUGUAUUUGCAGAUUUUGUGACUA